GGGCCCGCGGCGGCCCGGGAGGACUGCCCCACCUCCCUCUUGCCUGAGCCGCGUCCCUGCACCCUGUCUACUGGACGUCCGUGACCCUCAGGACCCAGGAAGCAGCUGGGGACCCCAUGCCUGUCAGGGCUUUGAGUCCUGGAGAGAGGCAGGGGCUGACCCCCACCAGCCUGGCCAAGCUGACAUCAAGAUGCUGAGCCUGAAGAUCCCCAGGCUGUUCAGCAUAGACCAGGUGCCCCAGGUGUUCCAUGAGCGGGGCAUCCUCUUUGGCUACCGGCAUCCACAGAGCUCCGCCACAGCCUGUGUCCUCAGCCUUUUCCAAAUGACCAAUGAGACCCUCAACAUCUGGACUCACUUGCUGCCCUUCUGGUUCUUUGUGUGGAGGUUUGUGACAGCACUCUAUGUGACAGACAUCCAGAAUGAUACCUAUUCGUGGCCUCUGCUUGUGUACAUGUGCACCAGCUGCGUGUACCCUCUCGCAUCCAGCUGUGCGCACACCUUCAGCUGCAUGUCCAAGAAUGCCCGGCACAUCUGCUACUUCCUAGACUAUGGUGCCGUCAACCUCUUCAGCCUGGGCUCAGCCAUCGCCUACUCUGCAUAUACGUUUCCUGAAGCGCUGGUGCAAACCCCCUUCCAUGACUACUACAUAGUGCUGGCCGUGCUGAACACCAUCCUCAGCACCGGCCUUUCCUGCUACUCCAGGUUUCUUGAAAUCCAGAAGCCCCGUCUCUGCAAGGUGCUUCGAGUCCUCGCCUUUGCUUACCCUUACACCUGGGACUCCCUGCCCAUCUUCUACAGGCUCUUCCUGUUCCCAGACGAGGACAUUGAAAAUGAAGCCACCUUGUACCACCAGAAGCACGUUGUCAUGACCCUCCUGGCCUCAGUCUUGUAUUCUGCACACCUGCCGGAGUGCCUGGCCCCUGGAUGCUUUGACUACAUUGGUCACAGCCACCAGCUGUUUCACGUGUGCGUGAUUCUGGCCACACACCUGCAGAUGGAAGCCAUACUUCUGGACAAGACUCUAAGGAAGGAGUGGCUCAUGACCGCCUUCAGGCCCUUCUCUUUUUCUCAGAUAGCUGUAGCCGUAAUGCUGUGCCUCAUCUUCAGCCUCAGCAACAUAAUUUAUUUCUCUGCUGCUCUGUAUCGGAUUCCUGAGCCAGAAUUACAUAAAAAAGAAACAUGAUUCAGACUGUAA